UUUGUUGCACAAAAAGCGAGUGAUGGAGUGUUGUGUUACGAAGAAUUAGAAUGUGGUCACAUUCAGCAGCAACAACAACAUCCUCCCAGUUAUCCAAACGCUUUGAUGCGAAUUCGGCAGAACGAUCAUGAAAGAUUCUCUAGACACAAUGUGCCUCCUCGAGUGUUUCGACAAUACAACAAUCGAUCUUCAUCUUUGCCGAGGGGACUUCAUCAUAAUUCCGAUUACGAAGAUGGUACGAGACGAGAUUCGAUCGAUUAUUUCGAUCGUCGAACUCAUCAAAAAGCACCACAACCACAACAACAGCAGCAGCAGUUCCAACAACAUCAACAACAGUUUGAUUAUAAAGUAUUUAUCUUUCACAUUUUUUGGAGUUAA